UUUAGAUUGUUGUAUGAAGAUGUAGGUUUGUAUGUUAUCGUGCCUCUUUCUCUUACUGUUGCAGUGUAAAUGACCUGUAAUUAUGAAGCUGUGGAUCAUGAAACAGUGUGUUUCAGCUUCAGUGUGUUAAUGUGACGUGUUUAAUGGGAGGAGACAGCAGCAGGUUAUAACACACAGCUGAUGUAGAAAUGAAAGUGUUCACUGACUGAACUGCAGCAGAGACUCUACUACUGACUGUUAGACACCAACAUGGGCAACAACUACUCUGAUCUCAAGAAUGAGGAGCUAGAACCACUAACAGCACCAGAGGAGUCAGAAGAGCUAAAGGAGCUGGAACCACUAACAGCACCAGAGGAGUCAGAAGAGCUAAAGGAGCUGGAGGAGCUGGAGGACCUACAGGAACCAGACCUCAGGAUUGUUCUUGUUGGGAAAACUGGAUCUGGGAAAAGUGCAACAGGAAACACCAUCUUAAGAAAGAAGGUUUUUCUAUCUAAAGCAUCUCCUUCCACAGUGACAGCAGAGUGUCAGAAGGAAACAGGAGAGUUUGAGGGUAAAACUCUGGCUGUUGUUGAUACUCCAGGUCUGUUUGACCCCAGAAGAAAAGGAGAGAAACAAAAAGAGAGGGUGAAGCUAGAGAUGGCUAGAGCCAUCUCAUUAGCUUCUCCUGGUCCUGAUGUGUUCCUGAUCGUGAUCCAGUUGAACAGAUUCACAGAAGAAGAACAAAACACAGUAAAACUCAUUCAGAAGGUGUUUGGAGAAAAGGCAGCAGGUUACACCAUGGUGCUGUUCACACGUGGAGACGACCUGGAGGUGGAUGGAGAGUCCAUAGAUGAUUUCAUUGAUCAAAAUCCAGAUCUUCAGAACGUCAUCAGACAGUGUGAUGGAGGACACCAUGUGUUCAACAACAGAGACAAUGAUCCUUCUCAAGUCCAUGAGCUGCUGAAGAAGAUCGAGUCAAUGGUUCAGAGAAAUGGAAGAAGAUACUACACCAAUGAAAUGCUCCAACAGGCUGAGAGAGCCAUAAGAGAAGAGAUGAAACGACUUCUGAGAGAGAAUCCAAAUAUGACGCUCGAAGAGGCCAGAAGAAAGGCGGAGAAAAAAAACAGAUUUAUACGGGUCAUUGCACGGGCUGCUCCUUUUGUUGGAGCAGGUGUUGGAGCAGGUGUUGGAAUAGGUGUUGGAAUAGGCAUUGAAAUAGCUGUUGCAGCAGAAAUUGGAGCAGCUGUUGGAGCUGUGGGAGGUCCAAUUGGAGCUGCAGUUGGAGUUGCAGUUGGAGCUGCAGUGGCAGCUAUAGCUGUAGCAGUGAAGAAGAAGAAGAAGGCUGAUGCAGCAGCAGCAGAAGCUGCUUCCAGCCGUAAUAAACUGGAGCUGAAGGAAAACUAAUGAUGGAAACAGAGUGUAACUUUAGUUUGAUCUUGUUUCUUUGUUCUGCCUCUUCACUGAAUGUAUGGUCUUUACCAGCAGGUAGCUUUCUGCUAAUGUUAGACAUGAUGAGCAUUUUAGUUUCACUGAUCAUUAGUCAUUAUUCAUCAUGGGACUGAUGGGAACUUUCAACUCUUUAGUCCAGAACAAUCCACAGGUCAGAUUGUGUAACAUGUGCUGCUCUUGAUUUGCUUGAAUGAAAAAGGUGAAAGGUUUUAAUAGAGCUUGUUUUCUUGUGCUGUCAGAGGAGGUGUUGGAAAGAAGGAAAGGUUUUGACUGGAAUGAAGCAGUUUGUAUAAAAGCAGUGAGAUGUUUCUGUGUUGAUAAAGUGGGAGCUUUAAAGGUCCAACAACACUGACAUGAUGCUUCAUAUAUCACAUCUACUUUAUGCUACUGUGCUAUGCUACUCUAUCUACUGUCUGCUAACAUGUUAAUAAACAGAAAUAUGACAAAUGA